CUGGACUUUUAGUGAUGUAUUGGACUCCUAUAGCCAUUACAGUAGUCUGCUUGGGAGCUGGAUUGGCAAUGUGGCGGUUUGUUGACUCGAUUUUGACACGACUGCUGUCUCUAAUAACAAGAAAAUCUGUUAAAGUGGAAGGCACUGGUUUCUUCUACGUUCAACGUUUGACCGUCGACCUUAGCCACGUGUCACUGGUGAUUCAACACUUUGCACUGAAUACGAGACUACGGAAUCCAAGAGCAUCGAGGAUGUUGACACUGAGUGCUGGUCAUGUUCGAGUUCGUGCGAGACCGGGAUUACCCAGUGGAACGAGAUCUACACGUCUAGAUAGUGUUAGUAGAGCCGGCGAUCAAAGCGCUUCUACACAAAGGGAGAGAUCGUACUUUCAGAGACUUAAAGAUUUUGUGGCCGUCAACAUAUGGAAGAUUAUUGAUGUUGUGAUUUGUGAAAUGGUUGCCAUCGUUCCAAGUCAAGCUUUGCCAAACACCCAACUGGCCGUCUCUGUAACUGGCGGGAUUCACAUCGGCGGCAGUAAACUAAACAAUAUCAACAAACAUUCACUCAAAUUACAAGUCGAAGUGAAUACUAUCUCAAUCACACUCCAGACUACAAACAAACAGCAGCGAUUGAGGGGCGAGAAACCGAAAGCAAAUGCAGAGGUCGGUUUGUCCUUUAGAAUCGAUGCAGCUGUGAAUCCCAAAGAAGGCUUUAAAACUGCAAUUGUUGAAGUCAGUGUAAAUCCGAUUGUUGUUGAUGCCAAUGGAGUUGCACUUGCUCAAGCUCAGCUGUUUCUGCAAAAGUUACGUGAGACAGAACGUGAACUACCGACUGAAUUGCCUGUCGAUCAACCAGCUGAACCGCAGGUGGGGCUGCUGGGAACACAGAGAGAUGCAGACUGGCUCAACAGUUUUCUUAUAAAACUGCCCAAGGAGUUCAACGUGGUACUUGAAGACAGCAAAGUCAAAUUAUCAAUUGAGGCUGGCGAACGGAGUUUGUCUGCUACUCUCAACAAAGCAUGUUUAUCGAUGCAACGAGGGUGUAUAGCAUCAAGUGACGGUUUGCCACAGUUGACAGCAGUACUUGGAUUAGAAGGUUUGUAUGCUAAUGCAUCCAAAUGCAGUCCUCUGCUUUCUCUCAUGAGACUGAAGUGUUCAUUUGAACUGCUUGCAAGUGCUAGUCACGUGGGAAUGAACUGUAGGAUCAAUGUUGACUCGUUGCAUACAAAUUAUUAUUAUCCCGAGUUAAAAUUCUGGUCGGACACACUGAGACUGUCAAACAGCGAUGAUCAAUUGACAAAUAGUCAACAUGCCCAGAGGAUGAGUCAAAGUAGAAAUGUUCAGAAAGAAUUGUGGAAGGGACCUUUGACAGUUUUUGUUGAGUUUUCUGACUGUUCUGUUGGGCCAUACUUGCAGCCACCUGAACAGUUUCAGGACUUGGCUGCUGCCAAAGUAGUACUUGCAUCAGCUACUUCUAACUUGGAGCUAUCACCACUGCAAAAUGACCAAAAUGGCAGUCGCCAAAUAAAAUUGUGUGUUAGACUGGAGAAUGUUUAUGGGCAUGUAACUUGUGCCAGUGGUGAAAUGAGUGUAUUUGGUCAGGAUAAUCCAGCUGUUUUGCCUACAUCAAGAAAUCAUGUUUGGUUUCGUCCGUUUGAACUUGGGAGUCUUAGCAUAAAGGCUGAUUGCAACAUGUUAACCGCUGAUGUUCCCGUGUCGUAUCAUUGUAAUGUCGUUGGAGAGUGUGCUUGCCUCUGCGUGGAAUGGUCGAGUCAACUUGUCGAGACAACACUGGCAUUUGCUGACCUCUUUACCAUGAAGUCACAGUCACAGAAACCAGCCAAAACAGAACCACUAGAAUGUAGCGAUAGAGACAUCACGGUGGACUCCUCAGAUGACACCACUAGCUCAAUAGCUGUUGAUAUUGACAUCAAGCUGAAUGAGACUAGUUUGUUCUUGUUGGGUGAUAGACCAGGCCUGGAUACAGUGUAUGUUCGACAGGACAUGCUUGCAGUGACUGGUCACUUGCCUCGUCUUGACUUAUUAGUUGUAAAGCUGUUUGGUGUUGCUGCUACAACUGCAAAAGCAAUUAGUCCUGUUUGGCUUUGCCCUUCAUCUCAAGCGUUGGUUGAUCCAUUGGUCAGCGUUCCUUCACUGACUGUCACCAAACAAAAUGCUGUGUGUGUUGAAGUUCAAUCUAUUCAAGCUUUUUGGACAACUACGGUUCAUCGGUCUGCAACAGAAAGAGUUACACGGUUGGUAAAGGAGUUGAGAGCUAUUCAAGACGUCAUGGCAACCAAAACAUCUAGACCAAAGUCUGAUAUGACUCUACCACGUGUUACUGUGGUGGUUAGUGAAGUGGCUGGUAAGGCUCGGGUAUCAAGCAAUACAAUGGUAUCAGUUGAGUUGCAUAGUAUUCAUGGUCAAGUUGCAGGAAUGAGAGUAACAGCUGACAUUCAGAAUGCUGUCGGACAUUUUGAUAAUCACCCUAUCUUUACAUUCAAGGAUGCACAUGUACAAGUUUGUACAGAAAAUGAUUAUAUUGACAGACUGAAAGAACUGCGGCAACUGUUUCCUCUAUUACAACUUCAAGCCAAUCGUGCCUACUCAAUCCAUGUAAGAGAAGCAAGGAUAGUGUUUCCACACCAGUAUGAUUUUGGGGAGUCAGUGGAUGAGGUAAUCAACACAAUGAAAUUUCUAAAGAUGCUGCAUCUCCCCAAUAGUCCAGCACUUGACUUCAAACUGUGGGCAGACAUACUUGUGAGAGCUGAUUUGGUUCACUUUGAACUUCAAGAUGAUCCAUUUGAGGUCAGAUUGGGAGACAUUCAUGAACUGAUGUGUGAUGAGUAUCAGGAGAGUGUAAAACGUCAGAAGUUGCUGGAGGAGAAGCUUACGGAGCUGAAGAAGUCUCUUGGUGAACUGACAACAGGAGUGAACAUUGAGGAAACAUAUGCAUCAUUACAGAAGACUAAUGCUGGGAUGUACAUCACAAGAUCUGAGAAAUGUGGUUUACGGACAAGUCUUAUUACAUUUACCUUUCAUUCAGUAGAAGUAGCUGCCUUAGCAGAUCCAAAACUCACUGGUCUAGAAGAGGUAACCAAUCACAUGAAAAGAGUAGAUCCAGACAGUCUGUUUCCAGAGGAACUGACAUUCAGUACAUUAUGGGCACGAAUGGUAAAGGGACGUUGUGAGCAGCUUGAGAUUUCACUUCGCAAUUAUCCGCAAUUGUUGGGAUUAGCUGAGGAAGUAUCAAUUUAUGGAAUGUUGAUGGGUGCUGAGCAAGUUGCUGAAGCAAGAGGUGUUAGGAAAGGUCAAGUUGAGCUCUGUGCUCCAUGGAAAAAUGUAGAUGUCAAACGCAGUAUGCCGGCACUGAAGUUCUAUUAUGAUCUUGAUGCAGAUUUGAAGAGAUUGGAUAUUGCAUGGGGAUCGUCUUUUGAGCCAGCACUUGCACAAGUCAGUUUAGCAUUUGAUUUGCUAAGCAAGGCUAGUCUUGAUCCAAGUUCUCCUAUUCCAUGGUGGGACAAAUCACGGUUGCUAUUUCAUGGUAGACUUGGAAUCAAUGCUACUCACACUGAUUGGCAUCUUAUGACAUCAUUACUACCUCAGACUGUGUCAGAACAGCUUGAAUUCGAAUGGCGGGACUUCAAGGGAGAAUGGUCUAAUGGAUGUUUCAAACUUGGUGGUGAUGUCGAGAUCAAUGUCAGGACCGCUUCCAAGUAUGACGACUGUCAGUUUAUCUCAUUUCCUGGCUUUGAAGGAUGUGUCAAACUUGUGUGGCUAUGUAAUGGCGAUCCCAACAGUCAUCAUUUGGUAAUGCCUUGUGCUCCAGACAAGGAACCUUGUCUUAGUGACCAGUCACAUGAUUCAUACUACCACUUUCGAUCAAAGCACCUGAAUUUGGAAAUAUCACUGGAAGUCGGAAGGAACACAGCACAAGAAUUGCAUUCGAGCUGUUUGUUGUAUGCUAGCACACUGCGUUUUCUUCAGAACUUGCAGGUGGUAACAACUGCUGUUACUCGACCAAUUAGAAGAGGCCGGGUGUUUGCCAACGACAGACCAACAAAACUGAAUUUGGGCCGCCACUACAAAGAUAUCAGUGUCUCUAUCUCUUAUCCAAAAUUAAAGCUGGAUUAUUGGAGUUCACAUGUCCAAAAGAAGGGAAUUUCAUGUUUGUGUGGUCCUGGUUACUUCACAGGUCUCUACAGUAUGUCGUUACUGCCUGACACUGGAGAAAUACUACGUCGCAUUGAAUCUGAUUGGAACACAGUUCGUGCUCAUGCUGAAUGGACUGACGUGCAGAUUGAUGUUGUGCAAGCUGUGGAUGGUGAUGAAAGAAGAUCAGAUCAGAGCGAGGAUAGAUGUCAACAGUCACACUUUCUCAGUUCAGAGAAACUGACAUACGACCAGGAUGAGAAGUGGGAAGAGAUUAAAGGAUUUAAACAUCGAUUCAGAGCUGAGGAAUGUAAAGGUUGUUGGUCAAGCUUAACAAGAAAUGUUUUGUUUGAACUGUUUGAGGCUUAUACAAAUGCUCAGGUCUUGAAGAAAAAUCUGUCAUCUGCUGCACUCAGUGUUCAUGCUGGCCAGGCCCAGACAAUAUCUACAGGAAUUGAGCACCAACCUUUAGAGAGAUCUAGUAGCAGACAGAGUCUCAGCAGUGGAUCUGUAUUGUUGGAUCAACUCAUUGAAGAAUCAUCAACAAAAUUUGUUGCAACAGCUGAUACAUCAGAGCCAACAGGACCUCAUCUUUACGGACCUCAUCUCUGUUCAGAAGAUGACAUCAUUGAGAGGAUGUGGUUUUUUGAGUUGGUGAACAGCCAAGUUGUAUUCAAAGGAACUGAUACGAAGGGUGCGGUAAUAGUCACAGCCAGUACAGCUGAAGUCAAGGGAUGUCGACAUUGCCCACAGUACAAAGGUGGAGAAUUGGUUGUUAAGACAUCAUUGGUAGCAAGUCUGGGGAAAAUGCAGUAUUUUGCCCCUGUUGAUGGGCGCUCUGAAAUCUCCAUGGAUACAUUUCAGUGGCUACCUUCAAGCCUCAUCUCUAAUUUGGAAGUAAAGUCUGUAGGAGUUGAUUCAGACACUGCUUCGACAAGCUCACUCUCCUUCUCUGAGCUGGUUGGUUCUGGAACAGCAGUAGGUGGGAUUGUGACUGCUGUAGUUGGUGGAGAUCAAGGAGAUGCUCCUCAGCUUCAGAGGAUUGUAUCACAUUGUGACUGUCAAAUUUACUAUGCCGAUUAUGGUGGAGAAGUAGAUCAAUCUUCAAACAAGCUCAGGCCUUCACCUACUCCAGGCUCUCCAUAUUGUUUUGGAGAAUCAGAAGGCCCCAUCAACACAUUUACAUUGGUUCAUCCCAAAAUAGAAGUUUGCACAAACUCUGCUCAAUACCACAUAAUCACAGACAUUGUCACUAAUGUAUUGUUGUAUGUGGAACCAAAGAAGAAGGAAACAUCUGAACGUGUGGAGAGAAUGCGUUUCAGAUUGCAGUUGAGUGAUAUUGGAGAUCCAAAGGUUCACAUCAUGCAGCUUCAAGACAACGCACGUCAUUUACUGGAGAGCGUUCGUCAGUGUGAGAGAAGUUGGUACUCUAAGAUGCAUGAGCUAAAGGAACUUGAUGAUGAAACUGACUCAGAACAACAUAAAAGUUUGAUGCUGGAGAUUAGUGAUCUUGAACAAGAGCUAGCACAGACAAAGGAGCAGCUAAGUGCUGCUAGUGACGACCUCAAAGUACUUAUCAGAUGUUUCAAAGAAAGCCGUCUCUACAUGACCCCAACUAGAGCUGCUGCAAAUCAAGCUACGAAGGUGCGGCGUCAAGAGGUGUGGUUUGGAGAAGCUUACUGGCGUAUCAUGCAAGAUGACGGCCAGCUUGACUUAGCUGAUGUCAAUCUAGAAGGAUUCAACUACAGUAGAGUCACCAACAGUGACAACUCUUGGUCUCAUCGACUUGAACUGGAAUCAUUCUCUGUACACAACCUAUUGCCAAACAGUCCUUACCGAGACGCAUUGUCUUUGAAUGACUCUGUUGGUCGUGGUGUAAGGAUAGAUAAAGCAGUAUCAAUGCGAGUGUAUUCUGUGGGGCUGCCACCUGUGGGAGGUAUUGCUGUCAAUGAGCACUUUGAAAUCAAUGUUGUUCCACUGGCUGUGCGGAUCACUCAUUAUUUCUACAAUACCUUGAUGAAAUACUUUUUUCCGGACAAAACUGAAGCAGACUCUGCCCAUGAAGAACCAGCAUCACCAGCACUGGCAGCUCUAAAAGAUACCGGGUUGCUUGAAAGUCGGGCAAGAUCACCAGCAGAGGUCUCUAGCAGCAUGUCUUCCAGUCAUUCAAGAAGCUCAGCAGUAACUCCAAAUUUUGUUGAGACAAGUCCACCUAUGUCUCCUACAACAAAGACACCAAAACAGAAGAAAUUAUCAAGUAGACAAUUUGUGAUGCAUGAAGAUGAAAUCGAUAUCAUGAAGGAACGUGCAACGAACAAGACUUGCUUUAUUUACAUCAAGAUUCCUGAGAUUCCACUGUGUGUCAGUUAUAAGGGAGAAAAGGAGAAAAAUAUCGAAGAUGUUGAAAAUGUGAGAGUCACUUUGCCGACCCUGGAAUAUCAUAAUGAAACUUGGAGUUGGCAUGACCUACUCAUGGAAAUAAAGAAAGAAAGUCAAAAGUGCCUUGUCUCUCAGGCUAUUAAACAGAAAUUGGGACUUAGUCGUCCUGACACAGGGGAGUCACGAGGAGAGAGUGGAAAGGGCGUUGGAACACAUGACAAAUCCAAGUAUUUGUUUGGACUCAAAUUGAAUGCUCCUAAUCCAAUAAAAGCAAGCAAGAAACUUCUUGGGAAGUUGGGACGAACGAGUCACCCUGAUCGUCAUGCAGCAGCAGUGGCAGCAUCCAAGACGGACCAUCAAGAGAGUGAAGGAGCUUUUGCUGUGGAAAGUUCUUUGGAACCACGUGACCUUGCUAGCAUGUUUGAUGAACUGGUUGGCUGUGCAGAUGAUCCAACUCUUCAUAUGCCACAUCAACGUGAUGAAUCUCAUUAGUUCAACUUACUAACGUUGAGUGUAUAAUAUACGUGGACAUUGAUAAAGUUUUGUACAGUCUUGUUUGACAUCUUGACUUUGAAAUAGAUAACUAGA